CGGGAAUUCCCAGGCGUCGGCCGCUCAUGUCGGACCAGUAUAAAGCUGGCGAUUGAGGAAGGUCAGCAAGCUCUACGCAGUCAGCUGCCCGCGCGGACGAGUACGCUCUGCUUGCUCAGGACCAAACCAAGCCAUGAAGACAGCCACGAUUCUGCUGUGUCUGGUGGCGGUAGCCGCCGGCGUGCCCGUGCCGGCCUGGUGGAACCAGCGCGGCGGCAGCGCCAGCGGCGGUGCCAACGCCAACGUCGUGUCCGGCUUCACCUCCGGCAACCAGGGCAGCAGCCGCAUCACCUCCGUCGGAGCCAGCGCCGGGGGUUCGGCCAGCAACGGUGGAUCCAGCUACAACCGCGGGUCGGCCAGCCAGUCUUCCAGCUCGGGCUUCUUCGGCAACUCGCAGAGGGCCGACACCAGCGCGCAGUCUAACCAGUACACCAACAACAGAUACAGCUACAACAGAUUCGGCUAGACCGCCGGAGCUGGAGCUGUUCUGCUCGGGGCUGCUACAUCGUCCGGUGCAUAGCUCCACUAGGAGAGGAUGGUUAUCUCCAAUGUCCACCGAUUUACCUUUGCGAUGGGCAUUUCGGUUGGUUCAUCAUUGCUUCGCCGGCCACGGGGCAGUAAGACGGUGGUCCACUGAACCCAGUUCUGCUCAGGGUUGCUCUCACAAAGCCUGUGUUGUUGUAUGUUACCGUUAAUCUCAGGCGGCGUGUGGGGCCGACUCGGCCCAAUACACCAGAUGGAACAGUGA